AUGAAUCCUGCGUGCCUUUCCUGGCUCCGCUAUUCUCUAGCGCUGCGCCCCUCCUCACCGUCUCCGUUUCGUACCUUCAGCACCACUUGCAACCUUCGCACUAGCACAUCCACCGCUCGUGACAAACAAGCCGUCACUCUCCCCGAUGGCCGCGUGCUCUCCUACGCUGAGUAUGGCCCCACGACCGGUUACCCUGUUUUUUUCUUCCACGGUUACCCCUCCUCGCGUCUUGAGGCCGGACCCAUCGCGCACCUCGCGGCGCGGCAGGAUGUUCGCUUGAUUGCGCCUGACCGGCCGGGCUUCGGGCUCUCUACCUUCCAGCCCGGCCGCAAAAUCACCUCCUGGCCUGCUGACGUCUCUUUUCUUGCUUCCCACCUCGGGCUUGUGCGCUUCGCCAUCCUGGGUGGCUCAGGCGGCGGGCCGUACGCGCUGGCGUGCGCGCAGGCCUUGCCCCACACUCAAAUGUCGGCAGUAGGUGUGCUAGCCGGGGCGCCGCCGUGGGAGGCGGGGACGAAAGAAGUACUGUGGUAUUCGCGGCUGGCCGCGGUGGCCGCGAAUUACGCCCCUGGGGCGUUGACAGUGGUUGCGGAAGCCGCAGUGAGGGGUUUGAGAUGGGCUGUGGAGAUGGAGUGGGUCAGAAGGCGGCUUGAGCGGUGGUUGGAGGCAGUGGAGAAGGAGGAGGAGCAGCGAAAAAAGAAGAAGGGGGGGUUGAUGGAAGAGAGAGAGCGUGAGAAGACGACGGAAAAGGACGAGAGGCAGAGCCUAAAGGCCGAGAGUCGGUGUGACCGUCUGCUGCCCCUCCUGUUCGAGCCCUUUGCGCAGGGCGCCGCAGCUUCCGUGCAGGAGGCGAAGCUGCUCACGCAGAGUUGGGGGUUCCGCUUCGAGGAUGUUAAGUACGACCGAAUCCAGAUAUGGCAUGGCACGCGUGACGUGAACGCGCCAAUAGGCAUGAUUCGCUGGAUGGCGGCGCGGCUGCCGCAUUGUGAGCUACGCGAGUCGGACCAUACGCACUUCACGCUCGUCGAUCAGCUAGAGGAGAUUCUGGCGCAGCUCGUGCCGGAUGAGACGGCCAAGGUAUGA